UCAUUUCCAGUUGUUCAAGUUCAACGUCGCAAAUUAUAAUUUUGAUUAUUAUCACAAUGAUAACUUUUAUUAGGUCCACCGAUUUUUUGCCUAUAAAAGCGGCAGCCACUUCGAGCGCGCGGUUUAGUUUUGACAAUAUGAAGACUAUUUGCUUGUUCCUGUUGUUCGCCCUGCUGGCUGUGGUCUACGCCGCCCCAGCUCCUGCUCCUGCUCCUGGCCGCAACGAUCCUCAGGUGUCGAUUCUGAGGUACAACAAUGACCAAGAUCUGGAGGCGCUGCAGCGGGCAAUAAUUGCACAAUACGAGUCGAAAUACAGCGGACCUACCGUCAUCCAUACCCCGCGUGUGGCCAAUGCUGUUAAUCCCCUUGCCGCCAACUUUAACGUUUAAUUGCUGUAUGACAAUAAAUUAUAAAAU